GGUCUAGUUGGGGAUAUUUCGGAGUGAAACGGCCCAUCAUKGCACGUUUUGCAGACAUCUUCAGUCACCAGAAAGAAUAGUCACCUGGACUCUUCUCCAGCAUCGUACUAUGGACUUUGUUAAAGAGACUUUUGUUAUGUUACAGUUGUCACGUAGCGUGUGACUAUCAUUUGCAUAUUGAUUCUUUAUUCAAGACUCGUUAUGUUUUUAGGUGUCAGUUUUUCCACUAGUCGUCGCAUUGCUAGGUCACUUGUAACAUCGUCAUAAGAAUAUUAAAACAAGAAAUCGUUGUUGAUACAGUCUGAUCGAAUCGUCAUUAACUAUUUUCUAAAGUUGGGAAAAUCGUCCUUAACAGACUUGCUUAGUCCAUAUUCUCAAGCGAUUUCUGAUUUGUUUUCUACUGCUUCAGCUUCUGUGAUAACUUUUAUCUUGAAAGCCAUAGUAUACGAGGAACGUUGUGCUUUAUGCAUGAAAGGGAUACUUGAUGAUGCUCCACGAAAGGGAUACUCAAUCGAUUGAUACUUUGAAACGUUUAACUGAUAUUGUUGUUGUGGUUGAUCUGUUGUCACGGGGUAGUAUUUAUGCACAUCGCUGGAUCAAUUGAUAUUCAUAUCUCUUCAUUGGUUCGUUUAUUUUCUUUUGUGUUUAUUGUAAUUCAUUAGGUUUUGUGUUUAGUGAGUCAAUUUCUUAUGUUUACGGUGAGGUUCACUUGCUCAAAUGGCCAGUUACAAUCAAUAAGUUUGCUCUUGGCUUAUAGUAGAUGGUUUUACUUUUUUGGGGGGCAGCUCGAGUCUAGCGGAGAGACCCUGACUUUCAGGGUCUCGACUUUUAGCCGAGAUCGGCUUAUAGGUGAAGAAAUGCAGUAGUUUUUAUUAAAAUCAUCAAGCCAUUAUCUGCCAGUUUGAUCACAGUACAAUAACCAUAUUUAUUCAUCUACAAGCCAACUUGUGUUUUAAUCUGGAAGGCUCUUAAAACAUGUAAAUUGAAAAUAAUUGGCUGUAAGUAGAGACAAUAUUUAGAGAAUUCCAUUCUCAAACAAUCAGAAAUGAACGCAAGAGUUUUGAAACAGAAAAGUGUUUCAAUGCAGUAUUGCCAUCGAAAAUAAUUUCGAGAUUAACCAGUGAGUCUAUGGUCUACUGCUGGAGGAAAGAUCGAGAGAACCUUGUUAAUGGAGAGCUAAAGAUGUCAGCGAAACGCACAACGAUGGGCCGUUGCACUCCGUAAUAUCUGCAGCUGGCUGAGAGAUUACUUGAGUGAUGUACUGAGCAGAGAAGCCAAGGUAAGUUUUAGUUUUACGUGAUCGCAAAUCUCAACACCAUAUCAUGUGGCUAGUCUGUUUACCAGUCAUGGGAAUGGGAAAUUCUGAUUGGUCAGUUUUGUAAUCAUCAAAACAAUGUAGCAAGAUCCAUACACUGGUUCAUAACCUGCGGAAACUCUAACGCUCUAUAUGGCACAGAAGAUUAAGCAGUCUACAAGAAGAAGAAGCAGAAGACGAAGCGGAUGAGGAGGAGAUGGACAACGAAUUCGACACUGACACUGAGGACAAACACUUUGUUUACAUUCUCUGAUGGACGAUAUAUUGGAGCUAUCCUGGACAGGAAUGGACUGCGACCAUCAAGAUACUAUGUGACUAAGCAAGGCUUCAUGGUCAUGGCAAGUGAGGUUGGAGUUAGUACAUUCCCUGAUCAAGAAAUUGUACAGAAGGGUCGUUUACAACCUGGAAGAAUGCUUCUGGUUGACACAGAGUUGGGGUCUGUUGUCAAGGAUCAUGAGCUGAAACACAGAAUGGCCAGUCUGCGGCCUUGCGGUGAGCUGCUGAAAAAGAAUGUAAAGACUUUGGAAGAUAUUCACCAAGCCUACUAUGCUUCCAAGAAUCUUUCUGCAGACGAAGUGCCUUUGAUCCAGGCAUCCUCGCAGAAUGAGUUGAUUCAUGGAGACAAGAGACUGCCAAUGUUUGGCUAUUCCUUGGAAGAUCUGAACAUCCUGAUUCUGCCAAUGGUUAAGAACAAGAAAGAGGCUCUUGGUUCCAUGGGAAAUGACGCACCGUUGUCCUGCUUGACAAUGCACCCACAGUUACUGUUUGAUUAUUUUAAACAACUCUUUGCACAGGUGACAAAUCCUCCAAUUGAUCCAAUCCGUGAGAAAAUUGUCAUGUCACUGGCUUGCCCUGUUGGACCAGAGCCAAAUCUCCUUGACCCUGAUGUUGCAGACUGCCCCCGUGUGUACUUAGACCACCCAAUUCUGUCUAAUGCUGAUGUACAGGCAAUCAAAGGAAGUGGUCUAUCCUGGUGUAAGACACAGACUAUUGAGAUGGUGUACCCUGUGAAAGCUGGAGUAAAUGGUCUUGUUCCAUCACUUGAUAGAAUUUGUAAGGAGGCUUCUCAAGCUGUCGAAAAUGGAUGUGCUUUUAUUGUGUUAUCUGACAGAACUGCUGGAAGGGACCACGUCCCUAUGAGUUCAUUACUGUCCUUGGGGGCAGUUCAUCAUCAUCUGAUCAGAAUGAAGCAAAGGUCACAGGUUGGACUGAUUGUUGAGUCAGCAGAAGUAAGGGAAAUCCAUCACUUCUGUGUUCUGCUGGGUUACGGUGCAGAUGGUAUUUGUCCAUACCUGGUUUUUGAGACUGUUGUAAAUCAGCGACAACAAGGCCUGCUGGAUCCUCCUCUGUCAGAUAAGGAAAUAGUUGAGAACUAUAUGUUUGCUGUGAAAAAAGGCAUAGCAAAGGUCAUGGCAAAAAUGGGGAUUUCUACACUUCACAGUUACAAAGGUGCACAAAUAUUUGAAGCAGUUGGGCUUGCAGAGGAGGUGGUGGAUAAGUGUUUUGCAGGAACUGCAUCACGAUUGAGUGGAGUGACAUUUGAAUUGUUAGCACAAGAGGCAUUGGACAAGCACAGUAUUGCAUUUUCGGAUAGGGAAUGUGACAAUGUCCUCAUCAACAACAAGGGUGAGUACCACUGGCGGUUGGGAGGAGAAAAGCAUAUCAAUGAUCCCAGAUGCAUUGCAAACCUGCAGGAUGCUGUAAGAAUGAAUAGCCAACCUGCUUAUCAAAAGUAUAGUGAGACAUCAAUUGAAGUGGUACGUUCCUGCACCCUCCGAGGACAGCUGAAGAUUAAAUUUGCAGAGAAACCUCUGGACAUCUCAGAAGUUGAACCAGCUUCAGAGAUUGUCAAGAGGUUUGCAACAGGUGCCAUGAGUUUUGGUUCCAUUUCAUAUGAAACCCACUCGACUCUUGCUACGGCCAUGAACAAGAUGGGUGGUAAAAGCAACACAGGUGAAGGUGGGGAGGAUCCAGUGAGAGGAAGUGACAACAACACCAGAUCUGCCAUCAGGCAAGUGGCCUCAGGAAGAUUUGGAGUGAAUGCUUGGUAUCUUGCAAUGGCAGAAGACCUGCAGAUCAAGAUGGCACAGGGAGCUAAACCAGGUGAAGGUGGAGAGUUGCCAGGAUACAAGGUCUCUAAGCAUAUUGCUAAGACUCGCAAGUCUGUUCCUGGAGUAGGUUUGAUUAGCCCUCCACCCCACCAUGAUAUCUACUCUAUUGAAGAUUUGGCAGAGCUUAUUUACAACAUAAAGUGCUCCAACCCUCAUGCUAGAGUCAGUGUGAAACUGGUCUCUGAAGUCGGCGUAGGUGUUAUUGCUGCUGGAGUUGCAAAGGGCCACUCUGAACACAUUGUUAUUUCUGGUCACGACGGUGGGACUGGGGCAAGCACAUGGUCAGGCAUCAAGCAUGCUGGGUUGCCUUGGGAACUAGGCCUUUCUGAAACCCAUCAAACUCUUGUGCUGAACAAUCUGCGCCGAAGAGUCAUCCUUCAAGUUGACGGGCAGCUCAGGACUGGGCGUGAUGUGGUAGUGGGUGCUCUGUUGGGUGCUGAUGAGUUUGGAUUUUCUACUGCUCCACUCAUUGCUAUGGGUUGUACCAUGAUGAGGAAGUGCCACUUGAAUACAUGUCCAGUUGGAAUUGCUACACAGGACCCUGUACUGAGGAAAAAGUUUGCAGGCAAACCGGAGCAUGUUAUCAACUUCUUUUUCAUGUUGGCCGAAGAGGUCCGUGAGUAUAUGGCGAAGAUGGGCUUCCGAAAAUUGAGCGAGAUGGUUGGGCGAUGUGAUUUUCUUGAGCCCGCAAACCCUCUCAAGGAAAAAGUCAAGUUGUUAGACUUUAGUGCCAUCCUUACGCUCGGUAAUGAGUUGAACCCUGGAGAUCACCUGGGAGGAAGUGAGCCACAAAAUCAUAAACUGGAGCAGCGAAAGGACAACCAGCUCAUUGAGGCUGCGAAAGACAUUCUGAAUGGGGCCUCAAAACAUUUACGUCUUGAGGUUCCCGUGAUGAACAAGGACCGAGCUUUUGGAACCACUCUCAGUUACCACAUUGCAAAGAAAUUUGGCGAGAAAGGUCUUCCUGAUGGCACGAUACACAUCAAAACCCAAGGCUCAGCAGGUCAGAGUUUUGGUGCUUUCCUCUCUCCUGGUGUAACACUGGAACACGAGGGUGAUUCAAAUGACUAUGUUGGCAAGGGUUUAGCUGGAGGCAAGAUUAUAGUUUAUCCAAGCAGCAAACGUCCUGGAAACUUCAAAGCCGAAGAAAACAUUAUUGUGGGAAACGUUUGCUUCUACGGUGCCACUGCCGGAAAGGCCUUUAUAAGAGGAAUUGCUGCCGAACGAUUUUGUGUCCGGAAUUCUGGAGUGACAGCUGUUGUAGAGGGCGUUGGUGAUCAUGGCUGUGAGUACAUGACUGGAGGUGUUGCGGUUGUUCUUGGUGACACUGGUCGAAACUUUGCCGCUGGAAUGUCUGGAGGAAUUGCCUUUGUACUUGACAGGAAGAAGGUCUUUACCACAUUGUGUAACCAGGAGAUCGUGGACUUAGAGCCUGUUGCAGGAGCAGAUGCAGAACUGGUCAGGGGACUGGUGCGAGAGCAUCAUCAGCUGACCGGUUCACUCGUGGCCGAACGUCUUCUGGAAGAAUGGGAAAGCUCGUUGAAGAUGUUUGUGAAGGUGAUGCCUCGUGACUAUAAAAGAGCUCUGGAACAAUUUAAAGAAGAGGAGGAAGCUGAGAAACUCAAAAACGAAAACCGCACGGAAGAGAAUGGCGAGAACGCAACUGGAGAGAUGACAAACGGAGAAAAAACAAAUGGAGAAAAAACAAAAGGAGAAAAGACAAAUGGAGAAAAGACAAACGGGGAAAAAAUGAAUGACGAAAUGUCAAACGGAGUUACACAGGAAGAGUCACCUCCCCCAGUGCAAAAAUCAGCGGAACAGAAUUUGGCUGACAUAGAAGAAGCCAUCCCAAAUACAACCAAUGACCAGAUAAUUAUCGACAGAGUGUUGGACAAGACCAGAGGGUUCGUGAAAUACUCCAGAAGCAAGGUGAAGUACCGCUCCCCUAAACAGCGAAUGAAGGAUUGGGAUGAGAUAUACUACAACAAAGGAAAAUCGGAACUAAAAGUUCAAGCUGCCAGGUGUAUGGAGUGUGGCGUGCCUUUUUGUCAGUCUCAUACGGGGUGUCCUUUAGGAAACAUUAUCCCAAGAUGGAAUGACUUGGUGUUCCAGGACAAAUGGAAGGACGCUCUAGACCGACUUUUGCUCACCAACAACUUUCCAGAAUUCACUGGAAGGGUCUGCCCAGCACCUUGCGAGGGCGCUUGUGUACUGGGAAUCAAUGCUGAGCCGGUGACAAUCAAGAAAAUAGAGUGCACUAUCAUCGACUAUGGAUUUGAACAAGGAUGGAUUACACCACAGAUUCCAGCCCAUCGAACUGGGAAGAAGAUCGCUAUUGUAGGAAGUGGACCUUCAGGAUUUGCAGCCGCAGCGCAACUAAACAAGGCUGGUCACUGGGUAACAGUUUACGAGAGGAAUGACAGGUGUGGAGGUCUGUUGAUGUAUGGUGUACCACCCAUGAAGCUAAGCAAGAAGAUAGUACAACGUCGCCUGGACCUCAUGGCGGCUGAAGGAGUCAAGUUCGUUAAUAAUGUCGAGAUUGGAAAGAACAUGGAUGCACAACAACUGUUGCAAGAAAAUGAUGCUGUACUGCUGACUGUGGGCUCAACGUGUCCACGUGACAUUCCACUCCCAGGGCGUGAUUUGGAAGGAAUCCAUUUUGCUCUGCAGUUCUUGGAAACAUGCCAGAAGAGGCUCAUGGGCAACUAUAAUCUGCCUUCCCUUGAUGCCACUGGACUAGAUGUUGUUAUUAUCGGCGGAGGUGACACUGGGGUAGAUUGCAUUGGAACUUCGCUCAGACAGCAUGCCAAGAGCAUCACAAAUUUCGAAGUGUUGGGCCAACCUCCAAAGAGUAGAACCUCUACCAACCCAUGGCCUCUCUGGCCACGAGUUUUUAGAGUGGAAUAUGGCCACGAAGAGGCCUCUCUCAAAUAUGGUGCAGAUCCUCGUGUCUUCAGUAUCAUGAGCAAGGAAUUCAUGGGAUACGAGAAAGGCCACGUUAAGGGAAUUAAAACAGUUCAGAUCAAGUGGGUCCAGGAUGCUACUGGAAGGUGGAUAAUGGAGGAAAUACCUAAUUCAGAAAAAGUGUUCCCGGCGGAUAAAGUGAUCAUUGCGGCUGGAUUUUUGGGUCCUGAGAAAACACUGGCGGAACAGUUUGGAAUAAAGAAGGAUCCCAGAAGCAAUUUUGCCACCGAAAAGAACAAGUAUUUAACCAGUGCUCCCAAAGUGUAUGCCGCAGGAGAUUGUCGCCGCGGUCAGUCACUGAUUGUGACAGCCAUCUCUGAAGGACGACAAGCCGCUCGUCAGAUUGACCUCGAUUUGAUGGGUGAAACCUCAUUGGCGGGUCCGGGGGGACAGAUACAUGUUAUUCAACCCCGCCCCUCUGAAAUACAAUCGUCUGCCUAAACAAAAUGAUACAAAAAGCGCCCAGCAAUUCCUUAAACGCUACCGCCACCUAAGCAUGGUAGCAACGGGCUGUUUUACCCUUUUAGCAGACUAGCUUUUUAAUAUAAUGUGGAACUUAUCACGAGAAUAAUUUAUCGGUUUCGAGCAGUAGGUGUCGAUUUAGAUUUUAUCGUGUUAGAAAUAAGGAUCGUUCGUAGAUUGAGAAAAAAAGUGGCCGAAAAAGGAAAAACCCUCCUCACUUAAUGUCAAAGUUAAGAGCACAUUUAUGACGUUGAUACAAGGAUAUUUAUUACGUUAUCUAUCAGCUUAUGUAUAAUCAUGGUUAUUAACUUAUUUUUCUGUCAAUGAACGUGACCUAAUAUUAAUAUAUAAAUAUAUAUUUGAAACUUGGAACGAUUAAGUUAUCGAUUUAAAUCAAUUCUAUGUGCCAAGUCUCGUUUAAAAGUAAUUUUUUAACGUGUUUCCAUUCGUGCAAAAUUAAAAAUUUUAUGACUUCUUAGAUGAUAAAAGUGUAGGUAGCUAGAGGAACAUAGAAAGCGUUACCUUUUCUUUAAAAAAAAAAGUAUUCUUAGAAAUGCUACAAGUGAAGUUAGCUCUUUUUGUGGGUAGUGUUUCUUUGAAGGGUUUUCUCGAGCCUUUACACCCCGACAUCAGUAUAUAUGUUCUCAGUACUGUUCUCUACACAUUUGAUUUAUUUUCAUGACCUCUCUGUGUGACUCAGGGGUGACAUUGUCAGGAGAAACUAGAUUCUUGUCACUCUUAGAGGUUAAGCCUUUUCCCUCCCUUCCCUUAGGAACUUUUACAGUUUCUCGCGUUAGUUCCAAUAGAAUUAGUACCUAUAAGUAGUGAAAGACACAAGUUGGGUUAAAAAGAGGCCCUGUGCCGUGAUGCGAUGAGUAGUGUUCGUUGGAAUGGGUCUUACAGUAGACGCACUUACUCUGAUACCUGACAACGUUUCUUAAUUUUAAUUGUGCCACUCUGUAGAGGAACUUCUCAAAAGGGAUUUGAAAUAAAUUCUUGGUAAUAUGGUGA